AUAAUAGAUCUGCUUCUUCUUGUUUUUCUAAGUAGGUAAAAUUCGGAUUUAAUUUGCAGUAGUUUACCGGAUGUUAUUAUUAUUUUCAUCAUCGGAUCUGUUAAAUUAAGUUAACUUAAGUUGUUGUAAUAUAUCUAUCAAACACAAGAAGAAGAAGAAGAUGAUGUCGUCGGAGUUUGAACAUCUCCGAAUUCCAAUUGAAGAUAUAAAAUCGGCCACCAACAACUUUAGCGAAGACAACUGUAUCGGCCGAGGUGGGUUUGGGAAGGUUUAUAAAGGUCAACUUUCCUUAGUUAGUACUUCCGAAGGGAAGUGGUUGAACACCAUGGUUGCUGUUAAGCGGUUAGAUCGUGCUUUUGGACAAGGAGACCCUGAGUUCUGGAAAGAGAUUAUGUCACUUGCGCGUUACAAACAUGAAAAUUUGGUCUCUUUACUAGGCUUUUGUGACGAGGAUGGUGAAAAAAUCCUUGUAUACGAAUAUCUAUCCAACAAAAGUCUCGAUCUGCAUCUAAGUAACACCCGUCUCUCAUGGAUCCAACGCCUUCGUAUAUGCAUCGGGGCUGCGCGUGGAAUAAAUUUCCUUCAUAAUCCUGAUCCCGCAAGUCAUCAGAGACUCUUACAUCGUGACAUCAAGAGUUCGAAUAUAUUGUUGGACCAAAAUUGGAAUGCUAAAGUUGCAGAUUUUGGCCUUUCAAAGCUUGGCCCUGCAAACCAGCGAUACACAUUUCUUUUCAAUGACGCUGUAGGCUCCCUCAGCUAUAUGGAUCCAAUGUAUGCGCAGACCGGGUUGUUGUCAAAAGAAUCCGACGUCUAUUCAUUCGGUGUGGUGUUGUUCGAAGUUCUUUGCGGAAGGCUUGCGGUUCUAAAUACCAAAGAUGAUAGCCGUUUCCUUGCAAUGUUGGUGCAGAAGCGGUAUCAAGAAAAUAAACUAGACACUAUAGUAGAAACUAGUAUAAAGGAACAAAUUGCCGCAAAGUGUUUAGAAACAUUCUCAGGAAUCACAUAUCAAUGUUUGAGGCUGGAGAGAAAAGAGCGCCCAUCAAUGACUCAAGUUGUGCAACAGCUUGAAAUUGCACUACAAUAUCAAGAGGCACAUGAGAAGGAACUAAAAUUUGAGGCAUACGAGACGGAAGAAUCUGACUCAGAUGACGAGGAUGAUUUCUGGGAGACAAAACUACCUCAAGACUGGAAAGGGAUGAUUAAAAACUUCAAUAUUCCAAAAGCCAUUUAUACUAUCAAAAGAGAUCUCUUCUGGCUUCUUCACAAGGGAAUUCUAUUUGAUGAAGGAAACAAGUUCUUAUGGAUAAACAAUGAUGGAACGAAAUGUGUACUGAUAUCAGCAAAAAGAUUUGUAGAGGUCAAUGAGGGAAAUGAUCAUCGUUGGGUGUUCCAACAUGGUUCUUCGAGGCAUCUUCUUUCUAGGUUUCCAGUUGUAGUGGAAUAUCACUAUGGGAAGUGGAAAAAAAUUAGAUGUCAAAUAAAAACUAGCAUUUUAUCACUUAAUACCAUGUAUGCAGCUAAAAUGGUGUUCAAAUACUCUAAAAAACCCAUUGAGGAUCUCAAACAUUUAAGGUUGAUGACGCUUAGAUGGAAGGUUGACGAGUCAAGUGUAUAUUCUACGCAUUAUGCAGAACUGACAGAUGACAACUGGUAUAAGAUUCGAAUGUGGAGUUUCCUUAAUCAUGGGCCGAAUGCUGAUUUUGACAUUGAGAUAGAGGAGCUUUCAUAUUAUGACAAUCCUGUAGAAUCUGGUCUCUUGAUACAAGGAAUAGAAUUUCAGCCUCUAGAGAUGAUGCAGCAUAACGAAAUCGAAAAAAUAAAGAGUCUCUUGAUGCCAAUAGAAGAGGAAAAAGAAGACGACGUAUACUGGGAGAAAAAGUUGCCAAAAAACUAUCACCAGUAUAUUGAGAUAUCAGACAAACAUUUGCAUUACACCAGCAAAAAGGAUCUUUAUCUCCUCCUUUGCGCGGGUUUCCUUGCUUAUGGUUGCAAAAUGUGGCUUUUCCUAUGCAAAUCAACUGGUGGGAUAUGUUCGAUACUACCACCGACACAUAUUUUAUGCAACGACACAAGCUAUGAAAGUUUAGAAACUCUAUCUCUAUCCGAAUCAAGGUUUAAAGAGGUGAAAGAACUUGGAACUGAUGAUUGGUAUCUUUUCACAUGUAGACUUCGGCCAUUCAUGUUUUCACCUAACUAUAUCUAUGCAUGCUAUCUUGUGUUCAAAUUUGGAGACAACCAUGAUUUAUCAAAUAAUGCUCUGGCACCACGUAAGAGGAGCUCUUUUCGUUCAACGUGGAAGGCCCGGAUCCGGCCUUCCAAACCACAAACGCGGUCUCGCGAAUUCUUUAAAGUAAAAUACAAGUUGGGUGACAUGAUUAAGGGUACUGUUUUUGCUCAUAUGAAUUCGAUUCCACCGAUUAAUAUACCAACACUCAUGCCAAAGAAUGAUCAUGGAUCACAUGACUUAUCAACUGCAUCAAGGAUUGAAGGAUCUGUGAUGCCAAAAGGUCACAUGGAUAUUCAAAAUAGUUGGAUGGAGGAAAGAAAUGAUGGUUGGAUGGAGGUCAGAUUGAGCAAAUCGUUACAUCAGUUAGAGAAUCAUGUGUCAUUGGAGGUUAAAUUAUGGAAACCCGAGGGUGGGAGUUUUAGUGGAAUUAUUGUGGAAGGCAUCGAGUUUAGGCCAAUGCAGGAUGUAUCUAAUUUUUGAAAGAUUAAUUCGAUAAUGGCCAUACCUCCUUAUCGCUAUACCAAGUUACCAACGAUUUAGAAGUCUGAAAUCUGCAGGGAACAUUCACAAUCAGUAAUGAAAAAUGUUGGAUAAAUAUUGUGUUUGAUGGCUCUCUUCUUGUAUUAUUAGUAGUUGUAGUUAAAUUCAAUAAAUUAUGCGUUACAGGUUUCUGGUUGUUUUGUAUAUACCCUCUUUGUAUGUAUCCCUUUUUAUUAUCGUAUCACAUAAAUUAAACUUGGUUUUAGUUAUUUUUGAA